AUACGAUGUGAAUGCGCAAAAGCGCGGGAUGAUUUGCGUCGUAUACAGUGUUAUUCAGAGAGAACACUUUUAAUCAUUUUUUGUACUUAUCUUUUCCUGUUUAGAUAGUAUGCAGUAGUUCCACAUAUUAUUCAUGCAUCAAAGUUAUUUAUGUUUAAAAUAUGUCGAAGGAUAUAAGAUCCUAUUUUCAGCCUGUUAAGGCAAAUUCGGGUAUUCCGAAUGCCGCCCCAUCAAAGGCUAAAAAGAGAAUAGUAAUUUCCUCUGAUGAAGAUGAUGAAAAAUCAAAAUCUCCGAUUAAACAGUCCAAGAAAUCCAAAAUAUCAAAGAAGAAUGUUAUCGAAUCUGAUUCUGAUUCUGAGGUAGUAGCAAUUUCUCCUAGUGAGGUAUUGGGUAAGACACCUGUAAGCAGACAGGAAGCACCUAAAGUAGCAAGAAAGUUACAGAGAAAGGAAGCUAAGUGUCAUAGGGAUCAUAAAUUUGAGGAUACUCUGCGUCAGUUAGAUGCUUCUCAUAUUGAAAAGAAAAAUUCAAAAGAGAAUAAAGUUGAUAAAGAUUCUGAUUUACAUGAAAGUAGCACUGACAAUGAAAAGAAAAAAACCACACCUGUUAAAAAGAAAGAAACACCUGAAAAGUCACAGGUAGAAAAAGAUAAGGAACAAAAUGUACAGACUAAAAAACCUUCUAACAGCAGUUCCAAUGAAGAUAUAGAACACAGUGUGCCUGAAUCUAGUAACAAAUCUAAGCAUGCAAAAAAACCUGCUAAAGGUACAUCAUCUGCUUAUAACCUGGAAGUAAAACGCAUAGCAGUAAAAAGGAAAGCAUCUCCUGAAAAGGAUGCGUAUGAGGAACGAGUUGAGAAAAGAAAACAUCAUGCUGCAGUGUACAUGCAAUAUCUUCAAAGAGGAGGAGCUAGAAAUCCAGGAUCAAAAGAAAUUCCUGUUGGUGCUGAAAAUUGUCUAGCAGGAUUAUCUUUUGUGGUAACUGGUGUUUUGGAUUCUUUAGAAAGAGAGGAAGCUGAAGAACUCAUUAAAAAAUAUGGUGGAAGAAUUGUAAGUUUACCUUCAAAGAAGACUAACUAUGUCAUAGUAGGCGAUCAACCUGGAACUUCAAAAAUAGCAAAAGCUAAUGCGUUGAACUUGAAAACAAUAUCUGAAGAUGAUUUGUUAGAAAUGAUUCGUACUAGGCCUGCAGGUCAGUCUGCUGAUGUAAUACAACCUCGUGCACGUUCAAAAAAUAGACAAACUCAGAAAUCUACAAAAUCAGAUGAUACGUCUCCCUCGCCAAAGAAAAGAGCAAAAAUUAGUGAAACUAAAGAAACGGAAAAAUUAGAACGUUCACCUCACAAAAAAGAAACUAGUGAAAAGGACGAGAAAAAACAAUUAGAGAAGUCAUCUCAUAAAAAGGAAAAUGAUAGUAAACUUGAAAAAACACCAUCGCCAGUUAAGAAGGAACAAAAUGAAACAAAAACAAGUGAUGUAAAGGAUGUACAAAUGAAAUAUAUUGCACGUGAUAUAAAUGACAAUUUGUCUUCGGAGGCAUUGGUUGAAAAAUACAGACCUAAAACUAUGAAACAAAUUUUAGGUCAGCAGGGAGAGAAAAGCAAUGCCAAAAAGUUACACAAUUGGUUAAAGAAUUGGAACCACAAUCAAAAUGGUCAAAUUAAACACAGUAAACCCAGUCCUUGGGCAAAAAAUGACGAUGGAGCUUUCUUUAAAGCUGCUUUACUGUCUGGUCCUCCUGGAAUUGGGAAAACAACAACUGCUCAAGUUGUUUGUAAGGAACUAGGUUUCGACCUAGUAGAAUUUAAUGCUUCGGAUACACGAAGCAAGAAACUUUUGAAAGAAGCAGUAUCAGAACUUCUAUCCAAUACUUCGUUGAAAGAUUAUGUCACAACAUGUGGUAAACACAAUCCUACCUGGAAACGUGUUUUACUAAUGGACGAGGUUGAUGGAAUGGCUGGUAAUGAGGAUCGCGGUGGUCUCCAAGAAUUAAUCAUUUUAAUCAAAAGUACUGAGAUCCCUAUUAUUUGUAUCUGCAAUGAUCGAAAUAAUCUUAAAAUGAGAACUCUUGCUAAUUACACGUAUGACCUUCGAUUUCAAAAACCAAGAUUCGAACAAAUCAGGGGAGCAAUGAAAUCAAUUUGUUUUAAAGAAAACAUUAAUGUAUCAACAGAAGAUCUUGAUCGUUUGAUUGAAUCAACUAAUCAAGACAUUCGACAAGUUAUAAAUCAUUUAUCACUAUUUGUUGGGAAAACUGCUACUCAAGAAAAAUCUGAGAAACAGCAUGUAAAUAAAGAUUUGAAAUUAGGACCUUGGGACGUUGUAAAAAAAGUGUUCGACGCUGAGGAGCACAAGAAUAUGAGUAUACAUGAUAAAAGUGAUUUAUUUUUUCAUGAUUAUAGUUUUGCACCGUUAUUUAUACAAGAUAACUAUUUAAUGGUUAUACCACACGCGCCAAGAAAUCAAACAUUAGACAGAGUAGCAGAAUGCGCUGAAAGUUUAGCUCUAGGAGAUAUAGUUGAAAAAUCUAUAAGAAGUAACAAUAAUUGGUCUCUUUUACCAGUACAAGCAUGUUAUUCUUCAGUUAUACCUGGAACAGUAAUGUCUGGUCAUAUUGGAGGUCAAAUUAAUUUUCCAGCAUGGCUUGGUCGCAACUCAAAAGCUAACAAAUUUGAUCGAUUGAUACAAGAGCUAACCAUACAUAUGCGUUUGACUACUGGUGCAAGCAAGGAAGGUGUAAACUUGGAUUACUUAAAACCUCUUAGAAAUGCUAUCACUAGGCCCUUGGUAACUGCUGGUAUGGAAGGUGUAGAUGCAGCAAUAGACGUUAUGAAUAAAUAUCAUUUACUCAGGGAGGAUUUGAAUUCUUUAAUAGAAGUUUCUUUAUGGCCUGGUGAUCGAGACCCGAUGGAAGCUAUAGAUAGUAAGGUAAAAGGUGCCUUUACGAAGACGUACAACAAAAAUGCUGCACCUGUACCAUACAUAGUAAGUGGUACAUCGAAGAAAAAAGCAACAUCCGCUUUGCAAGAUGAAGCUGCCUUAGUAGAAGAAGAAGAAGAAGUGGGAAAUUCUGAUGAUGAUACUAUUGAGACAGAUAAGAUGAUUAAGGCGAAGAAGCCUACCACAACUAAGAAAACUGAAUCAAAAGCUAAAAAUACUAGCAAUCAGCCUAGUAAACGUGGAAGGGGACGUGGAAAAGCAAAGUAAUAUGAAUAAUCUAAAACGGAAUGUAACUUUUAUUUAAAAAUUUAGUAUUUCAAAAUGUGUUUAUUCCACAUUAGUUGUGCCAUUUUUAAUUUUUAUUUGUUCGGUGUAUAUAAAAUUAAGUUCCUUGUGUUUUUUGUGUUUGUCGCGUAAUUUAAUUUAUAUCCGAACGUUUUUGUUUGUUUCGAGUAAAGGAAAGUGUUUUUUACUCGAUAGCGUCGGUUGUUUCAGUUGUUUCAGGCGCAAUUUCUGAUCUAGUUUGUACGCAUUCUAAAAUCAAACAAGUUAAUAGUUUAUUACUUAAAGUUCUAAAAUUUAAUAAGUUAGCAUGUAAUAUGUACUAUAAGUAUAGAAAUAGGCUGUUACGUUUUUAUACCAAGUAUUAUUUAAGUAUAUAGAUAUAUCUGUAUGUAUAGAUCAAUGUAAAUUUGUAUUUUAUUUUAAAUACACGUACGUUUUGCUCUAGA